GUGGCUAUAUUGCUCGUUUUUAUCUACAACAAACCCGUAGUGGUGAUUCAAGAGAUGAUAAAAUCGAUAAGUAUUAUGUACGACAUGUAAUGAAAACGUCAGAAAAGGAUGAUAAUGAAUUAAAACGUACUAUGAAAGAACAAGUGAUGAGAUCACCUUUGAAAGAAGAUAUUGGGAUUGAUGGAUUCAAUGAAGAUCCGUUCGAUAAUGUAUAUGAAAUUCCAGUGGAGGAUAUACCUAGUAAGAAGUGUGUGGUGAAGGAGAAAACUAGAAGAAAGGAAAAAGAAUAUAUACCUGAUAUCCAAAGUGAAAGUGCAUUGCAAAUUGACAAUGCGAAAGUUAAAGUGAUGAAAAGUCUUGAUGAAGAUGGUAGUAAUCCAAAGAAGCUAGACAUGUCAUGUGUUGUUGGUGAAAAUGAAAUUCAAAGGUUUAAUAGUAGCCUGAUA